AUGGACGUGGGGCCAGCCGCAGCGCGACCCAUCCUCCUGAGCAGCGCGGCACCAGCGCCAGGUGCGGAGCAGCAGCAGCAGCAGCAGCAGCAGCAGCAGCAGCAGCAGCAGCAGCAGGAGCAGCAGGCGAGGGCCGGCCUGCCGGCAGCGGACGUGGCACGCCUGGCAGCGACGCAACCACCCACAGCCACACCAGCAGCUGGGAUCGACUACCUCACAAUGACGCAGCCUAGCAACGCGCAGCCGGACAGCAGCACCCCCGAGGGCGCGUCGGCGGCCCCGCUGCCGCUGCAGUCGCAGCAGCACGUGGAGGCGCCCGCGGUGGUGGCGCUGCCGCUGCCGCUGCCGGGCGGCGGCAAGCCGCAGCUGGCGCUGCCAGUCCCCGGCGGGCUGGUACCUUCUGGCCUGGUCCCCGGCGUACCCACCUCUGAGAGCAGUACCAGCGUGCUGCUGGGGGCCAGCCACAGCCCCGACACGGGCCUCAUCGCCGUCUCCAACUCCUCUGCCAGCCUGGCGUCCAGCGGGGCGGCCGGCGAGGGCAACAAGACGCUCUACCUGGGCAACCUGCACCCCUUUGUGACGGAGCAGACGCUGCAGGAGGUGUUUGCGGGGCUGGGCGGCAUCACCGAGCUUAAAGUCAUCAAGGACAAGGCCACUGGGGUGUCUGCGGGCUACGGCUUCGCCAAGUUCACGGACAGCAGCAGCGCGCAGGCGGCACUGGACAAGGUUGCCAAGACGGUGCUGUUUGGCCAGGAGGCGCGCAUAAACUGGGCGUUCCAGAAGGAGCAGAAGGAGGAGGUGGCCACGCACUUCCACGCCUUUGUGGGCGACCUGAGCUCAGACGUGACCGACGCCAUGCUCCACGGCGCCUUCCAGAACUGCCCCGGCUGCAGUGACGCGCGCGUGAUGUGGGACCACGCCACCGGCCGCUCCCGCGGCUACGGCUUUGUGUCGUUCAGGCACCGCGAGGAGGCGGAGGCGGCGAUCCAG